UGCGAGGAAGCAUGCGAAGGGGCCCGACGACCCUUUGUGGGGGAGCCAGUCUAGCGGAGAGGAAUCGGGCGUCAGCGCCCGGGGGUGUCCCGCGAACAGGCACGCGGGGGGGGGGGCGCGUCGUGGGCGAGGUUCGCUGGGCCCGCAUCCGCCAGGGGGCUGCCCGGCAGCCUCCCCUCCCUCCCUGAUCGCGGGCCCGGUUCAAGGGAAGCCCCGCUCCGGCCUCUCCCCUCCCGUCCCUUUCGCUCCCCUCCCUCUCCGCUUGGCGCCGGGGGAGGGCGCGGGGCGGGGCGGCUCCCGGGGCUGGGCGCUGGCUCGCAGCCGGCCCGAGGAGUUCGCGAGCGGCGGCCGGAGUCCCCCUCCUGGAGCGCGGACGAUGGCGAAGCCCCGGGGACUCCGCGGCCACCUGAUCUGCUUGCUGGCCCUCCUGCUGCGCGGACUUCCCCGGGCCAGGGCAGAUGGCCUAGUGGAUGUGCUCCAGGCAUUUGGUGUGCGGGAGGGCAAGGACGGGGUCUCCAUCGCUGCAGGGAUCUGCCCCCAGAGGAACGGAUCAGAGGAAAGCGACCUGGCCUUACGCCUGGAGAACAAGACCCACUUCAGUAUCCCCACCAGGCACCUCUUCCCAGAUGGUCCCUUCCCCGUGGAUUUCUCGGUGCUUACUACACUACGAGCCCUCAAAGGCAGCCAGUCUUUUGUGCUUUCUGUGUAUGAUGUGCGGGGAGUACAGCAGCUUGGCGUAGAGAUCGGACGCUCACCUGUCUUUCUGUAUGAAGAUCAGCAUGGCCACCCAGUGCCCGAGGACUAUCCUCACUUUCGAAGAGUCAACUUGGCUGAUGGCAAGUGA